CAAAUUGUCAGUCGGCUGUGAUCGAUUCAUCCCGGUCAGUACUGCGCGUUGUGCCGAGCGUCUCCUGCCACCUGUGACGGGGCGCUCAUAGUCCUGCAUAUAUACCCCGAGAACAAGCACAUAUUUCGUGGGAUUCUGGAAUAAGAUAAUCAUUGCCAAGAUGCCAGCAUCACUUGAUUGCAAAGUGUAUGUUGGUGAUUUGGGCUCAGGAGCAUCAAAGCAAGAGCUUGAAGAAGCUUUCUCGUACUAUGGACCCUUAAGAAAUGUUUGGGUAGCCCGCAACCCCCCAGGCUUUGCUUUUGUUGAAUUUGAAGAUGUACGUGAUGCUGAGGAUGCUGUUCGGGGACUUGAUGGCAGGACAAUAUGUGGCCGCAGAGUUCGCGUAGAGCUUUCAACCGGUAAAUCUCGAAGUCGAUUUCGUGGCCCUCCUCCUCGUCGAGGCAGGCCAUUCCACCCAGAGGAUCGUUGCUAUGAGUGUGGAGAGCGCGGGCACUAUGCUAGAGAUUGCUAUAGGUACAGCCGUCGACAUGGAUCAAGGUACUCAAGGUCUCGGAGUCGAAGUCGUUCACCACGCCGGAGAAGGUCAUAUACACGCUCCAGAUCCCGUUCAAGGAGUAGGACCAGGGAUCGCUCUCAUUCACGUGACCGCAGUAGGUCCAGGGAGAGAUCUAGGUCUCGCUCACGUACCAGGGAUCGCAGCCGCAGUCGUACACGUGAGAGGUCCAGAUCACCAUCAAGGGACAGGGAUAGAUCUCGUUCACGAGAUGACAAAGGAUCUACCCCUUCUUCUGAGUGUUAACCUACAGCAUCACUCCUUGACAAUGGGACCGAAGUCGAUCAAGGACUCCAGUUCAGAACGGUAGCCCAAAGAUGAAGGGUGAAGACUUGAAUGAUGAGUGAAUUAAGCAGCUUUCUUAAGCUUUGUAACACAUUUUUUCAGUUUUGUACUCUCAUUGGUGUUAGAUUGAUGUAUGGUCAGUCUUGUUAUUGUCAUAUGCCUUAUGUGAGUAGCAGUAUUUAAACUGCUAAAUAAGUGGAUAAAGAUUUAUUACACUUAUAGAAUGGGAUCCCAAGUUUCUAUUGGUCAUUAAGUUGGGUACAUUCCAACCUAAAUUAAAAUCAUAGCAAUGUAUGGUUUACAAUUUUCAAUAAAACAAAUUUUACUUAAAA